GCGGGCAAGAACAAAAUUCUUCAUUGGUGUGGGUGUAUAUAUAGAGAGGCCCGGUGAUCCUCGGUUCCUGGGACACCAAGACCAACAGGUUUGCUUCAUUAUUAGUUGUGCAGUUUGAGACGUUCAGAUCAACAAGGCACACUUGACCUCAAGAACUAGUCAGGAACUAGUGCAAGGAUCCGAGGUCCAUGGCGCUGCGGAGAAUCAUCAAGGAGCUCAAGGACCUGCAGAGGGAUCCACCGACGUCCUGCAGCGCAGGGCCCGUGUCUGAUGACAUGUUCCACUGGCAAGCGACGAUCAUGGGCCCGAGCGACAGCCCCUACUCUGGAGGAGUGUUCCUGGUCACCAUCCACUUCCCUCCAGAUUACCCUUUCAAGCCCCCCAAGGUGGUGUUCAAGACGAAGGUGUUCCACCCGAACAUCAACAGCAACGGCAACAUCUGCCUGGACAUCCUCAAGGACCAGUGGAGCCCGGCGCUGACCAUCUCCAAGGUGCUGCUCUCCAUCUGCUCGCUGCUGACGGACCCAAACCCGGACGACCCGCUGGUGCCGGAGAUCGCGCACAUGUGCAAGACCGACCGCCUCAGGUACGAGUCCACGGCGAGGGGAUGGACGCACAAGUACGCCAUGGGCUAGGCCUGAAGCUUUUAGCAGGCAGAAGGGGCCAAGAAGAUCGUUAAUGUAUGAACACAACAUCAAUGAACAAUAAGUUUUUGCUCUGGUUCAGGAUAUAACAGGCCUAGAGAGAUGGUGAGGUACUCUCCGCGCCCGCCGCGUGACCCAUGAAAUCAACGAUAUCCUUUCUCAAGAAGGAUGAUGGCUACUAAGGAACAAUCACAAUAUGCAAUUUUGAUUGAUGGCCGUUGUGUCUGAAUCCAGUGCUAAAGCUAUGUAACUGAAUCACAACAAAAAAUAAAAUGCUCUUCCGCUGCA